AUGUCCAGGUCUUGUGCGUGGUGGGCGGUGGUUGGCCCGUGCGGCUAUGGGGUGGGGGAGGGCGGCGGCUUGCCCUUUCGUGCUCUCAUUCGUCGCCCUUCGUCUCCUUCUCUGCCCUAUCCGCCGCCCGCCCCUCGCGCCGCCGGCUGUUUGCCUCCUCCCCUCCCGUCUCCCAUCCACCAGGCCGCGCUGGCGCUCGGGGCGCUCGCCGCCGAGCUCCUCGGCGACGACGCCGCCACCGCAGCAGACGGCACGUCGGAGGCCGACCUCCACGCAAACCCUAGCGCAGCUCAAGGCAAAGCUCAUGGCGCGUGGGUGUCGCGGCCCGGGCACGUGGGUGUCGGGGCGCUCGCCGCCGUGCUCCCCGGCGACGACGACGAUGCCCCCGCAACGGACGGAGCUGGCGUCUCCCCGCCUCGCAUCUCCUCCCCGUCGUCAGGCGCGCUGUGCCGCCAUCCUUCCUCCUCCCCAUCGGGGCCAGGCAGAGGAGGAGGAGCCCGGUGGGCGGACACAUCGAGGAGGCAGCCGGCGUCAGCGCCAAGGUCUUUUCCUGCAUGCGCGACCUCCUCGCCAAGCCCUUCCCAUAUGCGCGGGUCCUUGCUGCCUAGCUCUAUGGCGGUGUCCUCCUCUAGCCGCCACGGACGCUCGUCCUCCUCUGUUCGACAUUGUUCUUCAGGUGGUUCUCCUCUAUCUCGCGCUCGUCUCUUCUGCUCUGCUCGUUUCUUACGUCUUCCCUGUUUCUCUGCUUGAUUUGAAAUUUGGACGGUGCCGUGGCGUUGGUGUUGCCUUGCGGGUCGACCGGAGAGGGAGCGCACCGGUUGAGCUUCUGAGAUGGCCGAGGGAUCUGUGGGAUUUGUCUAGAUCCGUUCUGAUUUUGGUCUGCUCGUGCUCUUCGCUUCCAGCGUGUGUGGUCUCGAGGCGGUACAGUUGAUUUGGUUGCAGGUGAUUGUUCCCUCUCACCUGGCCUCCUCAUAUUAUUUC